AUGGGUCGCAUUCUUAGAUUUAUUUUUGGAACUUUAUCCUUUAUAAUAGCAUUGAUUGCCAUUGGUAUUGGAUAUUUAAAAAUUGAUAAUGCUUAUCGACAAAAACGUACGUUGAAAUAUUUAAUUAAUUGUUAUUCUAAUUUAACUGAUCCUAAUGAUUCUGUUAUGAUGGAUAUACGAUGUAAUCAAUUAUUAAAACAUUCUGAUGUUAAAGGUCAUGUUUUAGAAAUUGGUACCGGUACAGGAAUAAAUUUUCCAUGUUUACAUAAUAAUACAAAUAUUAAAUCAUAUACAGGCAUUGAACCUAAUGUUCAUAUGUAUCCAUAUAUUUAUAAUUUUAUUAAACAAUGGAACAUUCCAUAUAAUAUUCGUCUAUUAAAUAAUUCAGCAGAGGAUAUGCAUGAAGUUGAAUCGAAUAGCAUUGAUACAAUAAUUAUGACACUGGUGUUAUGUAGUGUACCAGAUCCGUUACCAGAAAAAGUUCUUCUUGAAGCACAUCGAAUAUUAAAACCAGGUGGAAGUUUUCUUUUCUUCGAACAUGUUCUUGCAAAUGCUAAAACGGAUCCAUUUAUUUAUGGAUUUCAAAAAACAAUUGAACCAUUAUGGGCUAUCAUUGGUGAUGGUUGUCGAUUUAAGCUAAUUACAAAUUACUUCGACGCUAUGAAAAACGUCUAUUCAAAAGUUGAAUAUGAACAUUAUGAUUGGGUUGCUCCGGUAUUUUUUAUUAAAGAUGCUGUCAAAGGAAAAUUGGUCAAAUAA